AUGGGAAACGUAUUCGGCGACCUGUUCCGGAAUCUCUUCGGCAAGAAAGAGAUGAGGAUCUUGAUGGUCGGUCUCGAUGCUGCCGGUAAAACCACCAUUUUAUACAAACUCAAGCUUGGCGAAAUCGUCACUACUAUCCCUACUAUCGGUUUUAAUGUCGAAACUGUUGAAUACAAAAACAUCUCGUUUACUGUCUGGGACGUCGGUGGACAGGACAAGAUCCGACCUCUCUGGAGACACUACUUCCAGAACACUCAAGGUCUUAUUUUCGUUGUUGAUUCCAACGAUCGAGAGCGAGUCGGAGAAGCGCGAGAAGAGCUCAUGAGAAUGCUCAACGAAGACGAACUCAGGGAUGCCGUCCUUCUUGUCUUUGCCAACAAACAGGAUUUGCCAAAUGCGAUGAACGCAGCAGAAAUAACAGACAAACUCGGUCUUCAUAAUCUCAGGCAAAGAAAAUGGCACACACAGGCAACUUGCGCGACCUCAGGAGACGGUCUUUACGAAGGUCUGGACUGGCUCUCCGCUCAGCUUCAAAACUCCCGAUAA